AUGCACGCUGGCUCAAUCUAUACGGAUGGCGGCUAUUUCCUCAGCGACGAUAUUCACGGAUUCGACUCGGCUUUCUUCCAAUUACCUGAGAACGAUGCCAUGGCGAUGGAUCCACAGCAGAAGCUGCUACUAGAGAAUGUUUACCACGCACUAGAAAACGCCGGUAUUUCGUUGAAGGAUAUUGCUUCCUCGAAGACAUCAGUAUAUGUCGGAUGCUCGAACGUUGAUGCUCUAGCGCUAUCCAAUUCGGAUCCUCUACUGUUCUCGCAAAAUCAAGCGGCCGGCACAAGUCCAGCCAUCCUUGCCAACCGAAUUAGUUGGUUCUUUGAUCUGCAGGGCACCAGCCAGACCAUUGACACGGCCUGUUCAAGCAGUCUAGUGGCAUUUCAUCAAGCUUGCCAGAAUAUAAAAAGCGGAGACUCAGACAUGGCUAUCAUCAGUGGUGUGAAUCUAGUGCAGCACCCUAGCUCGACACAGAAUUUGUGUAGCUUGGGAGUUCUGUCACCUGAAGGGCAAUGUCUCACGUUCGAUGAGCGCGCUAACGGCUAUGGUCGGGGAGAAGGCGUCGGAACUGUGAUUAUCAAGCCGUUACAUGCUGCUAUCAGAGACUCGAAUCCUAUAAGAGCUGUCGUGCGUGGUACAGGAUCGAACCAAGAUGGAAAGACGGCUGGCAUCACCCUUCCCAGCGCACGGGCCCAAGAAUCCCUGAUCCGUCAAGUCUAUGCAUCAUACAACCUUGAUAUGGCUGACACUAGUUAUGUCGAAGCGCACGGAACUGCCACGCUAGUGGGUGAUCCGCUAGAGUUGACUGCAAUUACUAGCGCUUUCGACUGUGAAAGAGACUCAGACAUCUAUGUUGGCUCGGUAAAAUCGGUCAUUGGCCACCUGGAAGGUGGUGCAGGUAUAGCAGGGUUGAUAACUGCCACUCUCGCGAUCGAAUCUAAGAUGAUCCCUCCAGUGGCCAAUCUACAAAACCUCAACCCUGCUAUACCAGCAGCCAACCAUGUCAAGAUAUCGAAAGAAUGCCUCCCGUGGCCAAGCAAUGGCGUAAGACGUGCAUCAGUGAACUCUUUCGGAUUCGGCGGCACAAAUGCUCAUGUCGUUCUCGAAGACUUGGACGGGUUUAUGCAACAAAAGCUCAGUCAACAAAACAUUCAAGACAUGACGGGGCGCGAAAACUCUCCCGGUCUGACAAGUACUGCUUGUUUGACAAAUGGUUCAGCUAGAGGCCACACCAAUGGACGGACACCAUCCGUCUCAAAGAGGGUUCUUGCCUUGACUGCGUUCGACGAGGAAGGAAUUAACCGGAACAGGAUGCAAUUGAGCAAGUAUCUUGCUUCGUUAUCGGACUUAAAUGACGAAAGUCAACAAAAGUUUUUGGAUGAUCUACUCUACACCAUGAACGAAAAGAGAACAUCCUUCAGCUGGCGAACGUAUUGCCUCGUAGGCGACAAUCUCGGAAGUGUCAUCACUUCUUUAUCCCAGGGUCUCCGCCCAACCAGAGCUUCAGUUCUUCCGAAAAUAACACGCUUCGUAUUUACUGGGCAAGGCGCCAACUGGCCUGGAAUGGCACAAGACUUGAGAGAGUUUCCGCUUUUCAAGCAGAGAAUUGCCGAGGCAACCAUGUUUUUCAAAAGCCUAGGGGCCCCCUGGGAUCUUCAAGAGAGCCUAGCAAGCCUGGAUUUCGACAUAGCAGAGCCAUCUUUUGCACAGUCAUCAUGUGUCGCCGUACAAGUCGCUCUUGUCGAUCUUCUCACGAGCUGGAAGAUUCUUCCAGCAACAGUAGUAGGCCACUCGUCGGGAGAAAUUGCUGCCGCAUACUGUGCUGGGAAGAUAUCGCGCCAAGCUGCCUGGAAAGUCGCAUUUCACAGAGGUCAAGUCUGUUCUCAGAAGGCUGAUGGCAGCGGAACCAUGCUUGCCGCAGCCAUAGCGGUACAGACUGCGGAGGAGUUGCUGGCUCGCCUCAAAGAGCUCGAACCACUGGAUGUUACCAUUGGAUGCUUCAACAGCCCUAAAAAUGUCACUUUCACAGGCAAGAGGGCGGGGAUCGCUAGACUACAGCAAGAACUCGACCGCAUGCAGGUUUUCAACCGUGCUCUUCCUGUAAAAGUUGCCUACCAUUCACCAGAUCUCCAGGACGUCGCAGAUGAAUACCUAGCCAGUCUUGGUGACCUAGAUUUCGGUGACAAAAUUAACGAGGAUGCUACGAUUCAGAUGUAUUCGUCCGUGACAGGUAAACCUUUCGGGCCGGCAGACAAGAUCUCGCCGUCGUAUUGGGUGGAAAAUCUUGUGUCUCCCGUAAGGUUUUCUACUGCUCUGCUGCGUUCGUUCGGCCUUCAGCAGGACAGAGGAAAGCACAACCAAAUGACGGAGACCAUCAUCGAAAUUGGACCCCAUUCUGCUCUUCGGAGUGCAAUCAAAGAUACGUUGGAUACGUCAGAAAACUUGCGCCAGGUCGGUUAUUCAAGUCUAAUGAAACGGAACGAAACUACUGGAGAUACCUUGAUGCACACUAUGGGCUCUUUGUAUAGUUCAGGUUAUGAUAUUGAUCUUCCCACGAUCAAUAAUGACCGAAAAUCAGCUGGGAGCGCAGCCGAGGCAACCCAGAUAUUACGAGAUCUUCCUCCAUACGCCUUUGGCCAUACGAGCAAGCGGAUGACAUCAAGACAGAUCGAGUUUGUCAAGUUUCCGGAAUUUCAGAGACAUGAGCUUCUUGGCAUGCCAACAGUCGACUCAAACCCAUUUGAACAGCGCUGGCGCAAUUCAAUCCGACUUCAGGACGUCCCAUGGCUCUCUUCUAACAAGCUCAACGACAAGGUCAUCUUUCCCGGGGUGGCAUAUAUUUCAAUGGCAGUAGAGGCGGCUUUACUCGCCUCCCGAAGUGAGGGGGCUUUGGCCGGAGUAGAACUUCGAGAUGUUUCCAUCCGAGAGUCUCUGCUCAUCCCUGACAAUCCCCAAGGCAUCGAGACCAUAUUCUCUCUUAGCAGAUCCACCAGUGGGUCUGAUGCCUCCUCCCCAUGGUCUACUUUUCGCUUCAUAUCCCACAACGAUAUUGAGAAUACGUGGGUCGAACACUGCUCCGGCUCAAUCCGGGUUGAAAAAGACAAAAGUUACACUCCACAACCAACGCUGUCCAAAGAAUUGGACAAUGCCACACGCUCACCAAGCGCCCAACAAGAAUACUUCACUCGCACAAUCGAAGGCACACUACUGUACGAAGAAUUUGCAUCUGCUGGGAUGACGUUUGGUAGUGAUCUCCAGAACAUGCAGGAGAUUCAACUUUCAACCGACGCUAAGGCUUUUGCUUCACUCGUUAGAUCUCCAGAUAUACCCAAGAAAGCUCACGACCACUACGUCAUUCACCCAUGCGCUCUUGAGAGUAUCCUCCAUGGUUUACUAUGCAUCUGUAGUGAGGAGGGCAGUCUUGUUGGCGGUACAAUGGUGGCUAAUCGAGUGGAGAGGAUCUGGAUUGCAGACCCUCUCACUGACAUCGACUGCAAAGUUUACAGUUCAUUCGCCGAAGCAAGAAGGGAGACUUCGACUCUUUACAGGUCAAACAUUGAGAUCUAUGAGAAAGGGGCAUCAGAGACUCCCAGGAUGGCCAUCAGUGGAUUUGACCUAGUUUCACUGCCACCUCCAGAAGACGAGCAAGCUAGCGACGAAGCUCUCUACGUCGAAGAAUGGAAACCGGACGUAAAGAUGUUAAGCUCCAUUGAGAAAUUUGACGUUAAAGCUAAACCAGUGGUCGACUUGAUCAAAGCAGUCGCCAAGAGUGACCACGAGCUUUUCCAACUCGCAUCUGCUGUUUUCAUCUUGGACACAGUUGAAAAGUUGGACAGCAUCAACAUCGAGGGUCUGCCAUCGCAUCUCAUAUCAUACGUCAAAUGGAUUCGAGAACAGUUUGAAUUGAUCUCCCAAGGGAAUGCUCUGAUCCUUGACGUCCCUCUCUUGACGCAGAUACGUGCGAACACUGAUAUGAGGCAGAACCUGCUGGAUAAAACGUCUAAGAGCGCUGCACGUGGAGAGCUCCUAGUUCGCAUUGGAACCCGAAUAGAAUCGAUUCUAAGGCAGGAAAGCGACGGCUUGGAGCUCAUGUUCGGAGCCGAUGAUAUUAUGACUCGUACUUACGACGAGUGCUUGCCAGGUGAUAUGGGCAUCCGCCUUUGGCAGUAUUUCCACUGUCUAGCCCACAACCAGUCUGGGCUGAAGGUUCUCGAAGUCGGUGGUGGAACUGGAAGUGCAACAAAUAUCGUCUUGGAUGCUCUCAAAAGUGCCAGAGCCCGCGACAAUGAAAAUGGUGUUCAUCCUGUGGCUAUAUACGACUUCACGGACAUCUCAGCUGCCUUCUUUGAGAAUGCCAGAGAGCGAUUUUCGGAUUGGAAUGAUGUCAUGCGCUACAAGACACUUGAUGUCGAGAAGGACCCAGCCCUACAAGACUACGAAAUUGGGUCUUAUGACUUGAUUAUCGCAACACAUGUUUUGCACGCCACAGCAGAUCUUGGAGGGGACCUUAUCCUGAUCGAAAACGUCAAUCCUGAACUGAUGAGUGCAUCGCUGAUAUUCGGUAUACUUUCCGGGUGGUGGAGGAGUACUGAAUCCUUCCGUCAAUCCAAUCCGCUCAUUACGGAGCACCAAUGGAACUCUGCGUUGUCAAAUGCUGGUUUCACUCCAAGGCUUCAUUUACCUACAACAGUGGAAGCAGGCGGUAAUGAGAUAUCUGCUAUUAUCGCGCGAGCAAAGGACGACACCGCCUCCCCUGAAAGUCGACCACGUUGUACCAUUCUGUAUGACUCAACACAUGAAACCCAGAACACACUGGCUGAGCACCUGCUCAAGACAUUGGAAUACCAGACAUCGUUGGUCAACUUUAGCGAUAUCAGUCCGGAGACGCUUACGGCAGACUUCUACAUACCACUCUUUUUCCUAGGUGGGCUAAAGCUCUCGAAUGUGACCGAGGUAGACUUCUACAAGCUCAAGCUUGUGCUGGAUACCUGCACCAAGGUUCUUUGGGUUAUGGACGAUCCAGUGGAUGACCCCGAAACAGCGAUGUGCAUUGGUCUUAUUCGGACUAUCAAAUGGGAACGGGAUCCAGACGGAGUCAAUUUCACAACCCUGACAGUACGCCAACCGUUACCAGAGGUAGAUGCUCUUGCGUCGGAAAUCACUUAUCUCGCUAAGGAGGCAUACAAUUCCCCGCAUAUAGUACCUAGGAAUGUGGAGUACUCACUCAAGGAUGGUGUGUUCCUGACAAGCAGACUUUUGCCUGCACCCAGUGCAAGCAAGGCUGUUAUCAAGAAGAAAGAGCCAAACUUCGAGCAUGCCCGACUAAGUGACAUCGCUCACCCGGUUGCACUCACUUUGAUGGACCCUCACAAACCACAGUCACUGCAAUUCGUUGAUGACGCGUCUAUGGACGGCGCCCUAGGCGACAAUGAGGUGGUCAUCAAGGUCAAUGUUACCGCGCUGACACCGGAAGAUGUCGAGGAAGUUGUACGCUUAAUACCUGGACAAGGACUUGGAAGGUCCUGCGCUGGCACAGUCCAGAAAAUAGGCCAGACGGUCACGAACGUCACAGUUGGCGAUCGUGUCGUGGCCAUUCGGCCUACAAGCUCUACUGGAUCCAUUCGGACUCACUUCCGGACUCAUCAUAACGCAGUCCAGCGGAUUCCGGACAGUGUAAGCCUCUCCGAUGCAGCUACGCUUCCAUGGGCCUUUCUCACUGCCUAUUAUUGUCUGCUGAGGGUGGCUCACUUGCAACCGGAAGAAACUGUCAUGAUUCAAGACGCCGACAAGCCAGUCGGCCAAGUAGCGAUACAACUCGCACUGUCCACUCAGGCCAAACUGCUUGUCACUGUUUCAACCAACGCCGCCAAGAACUCGCUCGCUUCUUCGUUCAAGGUCGACCCAUCAUGCAUUUUUUCAAGCGAGGACAUGUCAUCGAUCCCCAAAGCGGUUGGCUCAGACUUUGGUAGCCGUGGGGUUGACGUAUACCUAAACUGUGGAGCAUCUGGAGUUUCCGGCCUGUAUCAGCAAUACAUCUCCUAUGGUACUCGGCUUGUUGAUCUUUUCGGUGACGAGACAACCAGCGGAUCCUCACUCAACGCUUUUUGUACGAGGAAUGUGUCUUACACAUGCGUCGACAUGGAUGUAGUGGCCACUAUGCGUGCUGAGAUCGUUCAGGAAGCACUCACGACAGUCUCAUCGCUGCUAGCCACAGGCAAACUACAACCAAUCCAGGAUGUGCAGAACAUGGGAUUCUCAGAAAUCCAGAAAGCUCUGGUUCAAUGUCGGGAUAGAUCCUCCAAACCUCCCUCGAUGUUCGUCUUCUCUCCUGAAGACAAUGAAACUGUGCCAAUAGGUAUCCGGCCGAUCGGGAACUAUCGCUUCCCGGAGAACGCCUCCUAUCUUCUUAUUGGAGGUUUUGGAGGUAUUGGGAGACGGGUUUCAUCCUGGAUGCAAUCUCGCGGAGCAAGAAACUUCAUCUUCCUGUCAAGGUCAGGAUAUAGUGGGCCGUCUGCAAGGAAACUACGUGACGAAGUGACUGCUUUGGGCUGUACGGUGGAAAGCGUGCAGUGCGACGCAAGUGAUGCCGAGGCGGUUCGAUUGGGGCUGGAGAAAGUUCAAAGAACGAUGCCACCCAUCAAAGGAUGCAUACAAUGUUCCAUGGUGCUUCAGGAUUCCAUGUUUGACAACAUGUCUUGGAACCAAUUCCAAGAUGCUACAACGCCCAAGGUCGCUGGCUCAAUCAAUGUCGCCGACAAUAUUCCUCGCGAUUUGGACUUUUUCGUCCUUCUUUCCUCUUCGGCAUCAACGAUUGGUAACCGUGGCCAAGCUAAUUACGCGGCUGGCAAUGCUUUCCUGGAUGCAUACGCUCGAAAGCUCACCAGGCUCGGUCGCCCUACUACUUCAAUCAGUCUUGGAACUGUCCUUUCAGUGGGUUGGGUUGCAGAAAAUCAAGGAGCUCUCCCCAUAGCGCUUUCUUACUCGGACAUAUCAGAAGAUCGCCUCUUGUCCCUCCUGGAAUACCACAUAGACCCUCGUUGGGGCGCAGCCAAGAAUCCAGAUACGUGCCAUACCAUUACGGGCUUGAGAUCGGCCGCAGAAUUCGAAGAAUGCGGCAUCACAUUGCCUGAAUUCAUGGCAUAUCCGCUUUUCACGCAUCUCCGUAACAAGAGAGAGGCGAGAUCUAAGAAGACGGAAGACAGCAUCACGACAGCACAAUCUCUCGAGUUGGCCACGUCGGACGAAGAACGGGCCGAUUUGGUCGUCGACGCUAUCAUCUCCAAGAUUUCCAGAGUCAUGGCGAUGUCUCCUGAAAAUUUGGAGCCUCAAAGAGCUCUUGUGUCGUAUGGUGUCGACUCUCUUGUCACCGUUGAUGUAAAGGCAUGGUUCAAGAAGGAGCUUGGUGCAACAGUUUCAACGCAGGACCUAAUAGGCGAGCUCACGAUCUAUGACCUAGCGCAAAAGGUUGUGGCAAGCACACAUGUACCUAUGACGAAUGGCACAACAUAG